GUUGAAGCAGCCAUGACUUCUCAAUACCUUCAAGCACGCACAUCUCCCUUGUCGAACAAUUCCGAAAAUGGUAUGGGAAGUGCUAUCCGAGAAGAAAAUGACAAUGAUUCCGCACUCCCAGGACCCAGUGCAAGCAUGCCACUCCUAUCCACGCCAUACAACAAUGGAGUCGAGCCUCCUGCCGCUGAUCCUAUCCUGCGUAACCAAAACGAGGCUAUUCCUUAUCUCACACCUUAUCAACUCAUUGUCGAUUCAGAUUCUGGGGAUGAGGGACCAAGUAUAGAGCCCCAGCACUAGACUUCCUCGUCUGUUGCCAAUGGGAUGAACCAACAACCCCUACUUGAUACACGACCAGAGAUUGGGCAUAGCCGCAAUGGCAUUCAGAAAAACAGGAUGUGGCUAGGGCACGUCCACGACUCUCUAUCUGACGAGUUCGGGGGGGUUACAUACGACCGUCGUUGCCAGACUUGGGAUAACCAAAGGGGCGACGAUGAAAUUGAAGGAAAUUCCCAAUCUACCCGAAUAAGCCCAGGCAUUCGGCAUGAUAUCCUCAGCAACAGCUCUGAAGCAACGUCUCCUCUCAUCUCGGACACUGUGCCGUCACAACUACAGGGCUCCACAAGAGAAGAUGAACCUUCAUACCACAAGCAGGCGAUCGGAUCUGAGCGGCUCCAAGAGGUUCAACUAGAUGAUAAUGAAACUGAGUGGUGGACAGGUAUCUCAGAUGUUUCGACUUUGAAUCAUGACAACGACUUAUCCGUAUCCGCCCAAAGACAUAACUCCAUAUUCACCCGAAAAUCAAUGUAUUGCUCCGCAUUCACCUCCAACGACACAAUGCCUUUCGACUACUUCGGCUACGCUGAACCAGUAGAGUCUUUCGAUCCAGGAAGCUAUAGUAUGCGCCGGAUAACUGGUAUAAGCCAGGAUUCUGGAUAUUUUUCAACAGCUGGAAGUGUUGCUCCACAAACUCCUCCUCCGAAUUCAUCACCGACCACUUCCUCAUUUCCUCCAAGCAAGGAAAGUGAAUCCAAUCCAGAAUCAGUUCGGUGCGCACAAUGCGAGAUUAUCUUCGCCGGUAGAUACGGAAAAGGAAAUCUUAGGAGGCAUACGAAGAGCGUGCAUCAGACGAUGGGUAAAACACUCACCUGCAAUGCUUGCCAUAUGACCUUUGCUCGUUCAGAUGCUUUACGAAAACACAUGCUGAGGAAACAUCGAGAUCUUCCGCCUCCCCCGUCCAAACAAACAAGCACCAUACAACCUUCGAGUCAUGAGCAUAUUUUUUCGUCUUACUAUCGUUCAGCACCAGCACCAUACCUUCACGCCGAUGACCUUAGAGGACUAGCAGACCCGUAUUGAUACUCACUGGUAGAAAAUCAGCCGUCAAUUUCAUCACCAUCGAUUGCCGCACGAUGUAUCUAUCUGAACUAAGAGGUCACCUUUCUUUGAGCAUGUACAAUACUUUUUCGUUGGCUUUGACAUUGCAUUUUCCAAACUCACGACAAAAGAAGGAACAGAUGUAGAAGUU